UCAAAAAUGCAUAACUAAUAAUAGCUCUUCAAAAUGUCUUCCAUAAUGCUUUCGUUUGUGCUUAUAGGAUUAGGUAUUUUUGUAGUUAGUGCUGAACGUGUCGCUGUUGUGCAGAUUUUUAGACAUGGACAUCGUACACCAGUAACAUUUUAUCCUACCGAUCCAUAUAAGAACUCUGAUGUUUGGAAUGGAAAGAGUCUUGGAGAGCUGACAAAUGUUGGGAAGAUGCAGCAUUAUGAGUUAGGAAAUUUCACAAAAAAUCGAUACUCACUUUUUAUGCCAAAUAAAUACCAUAGCUCUCAUUUUCAUAUAGAAACCACUGAUGUUGAUAGAACUGAUAUGUCAGCUCAAGUGAAUGUUUACAGCAUGUUUCCUGCUACGGGUGACGAUAUAUGGCUUCCAAGUAUAAACUGGCAUCCAAUUCCUAUACGUUCUUGCGAUGAAUCGAUUUGGAGCAGCACGUAUUAUCCAGUAUCUUGUGAUAUUUUUCUCCAACUCCUUGCAGAUGUUCUUAGUAGUGAGGAAUAUCAAGAACUUAAUAAAAAAUAUGAAUCUACAUACAAGAUUUUGUCCAAAAAUUCCGGUAAGGAGGUUACCGAUGUUGUAGGGGCCAUGGACAUUUGGGAUUCAUUGAAAUCUGAAGAUACUAUUGGUUUGACGUUACCUGAUUGGACAAAAGAGGUAUAUCCUGAACCUUUACGUACUCUAGCUGGAUAUGCAUUUGCAUCAAGCACUUUUACGACACAAAUGAAAAGAAUUGUUAUUGGACCUUUCCUGAAUGAAAUUGUGAAGUAUUUGAAUUCCAUGGCCGAAAACCCUACAUCUUCUCCAAGAUUCAAGUUAUAUAGUGGCCAUGACACAAAUAUUGCGGCUGUUCUUAACACCUUACGAGCUUUCAACCCUCCUUAUCCUCCAGCGUUUGCCAGCAGCAUUUACUUUGAACUAGAAAAAGAAGGGAAGGAACAUUAUGUGAAAGUUUUUAGCAAGGAUGGUGAUGACUUUAAACAAAUAAGUGUUAAUGGAUGUCAACUGAAUUGUAGUCUUUCCGAUUUCAAAUCAAAACUUGAAGAUGUGCUUACAGAUGUGCCAUCUAGGGAUAGGGAAUGUUCCCAAAGGGCUUUUCUCUCGCCGCAACCUACAGCUCAAAUAAGUACUCUAGUUUCAAAUCUUAGAGAAAGGUUGCGAAAUUUCAGUACAUAAUAUCUUCCAUUCUAUUAAAUAUUGAAAUUGAUGGAAAAAAUUAUUCUCGAAAAUGUUAUAAAACUAAUAUUAUCUCAUUGACGUGUUGAUAUUGAAAGAUAGUUUUCAUUUUGUAGAUUUUAUUCGUGCCAAAACUUCAAUAAAUAUAUUUAUUUUAUUCAAAUUAGAAUCGUGUUUCUUGUUAUCGUUACGGAUGAUUUGAAAUUUGUUGAGUUUACUUACUAUGGAAUAAAUUAAUUAUGUAUAUGUGUAAUCCACUAAUACUUUCGAUAUGUAAAGUGACAAUUCCAAGAAUUGAUUAUAAAUAUUGUCACCUGAUUACAUUAAUAAAGUCAGUGAAUAUAAAAAUGAGUCAUAGGUCAGAAAUUUAGCUAAGAAAAGUGUUUGUAACCAGACAAGUAAGAGAAAUAGGCAGAUAAGAAUUAUUACUCAAAUAUUUCAAAUACUCGUCGAAUAAGACACAUAAUGAGGAAACAAGAAUUGGUAUUUGCUAAUUCUGUCAACAGACUUUUUUACACGUGUGCUACUAUAUCAUAAAAUUGUUUUUGAUUCAUCGUUGUUCCAAUUCAUAUAAACUGAAUAGAUAAAUCAAUUCGUUCCACUUAGCUAUGAAAGUAGCAGUCAAGGUGCUUUUUAAUCUAAUUAUUCUGAAGCUUAUCUAG